CGUACUGCAGUGCAUUGUGAGGGUGUGACUUUCCGUGUCACGUGAUCAUUGCACUGCCCAGUGCCCACUUCUCUGCUGUAUCGGUGAGAAAAACCGGAGACAUGGCGGCCCGGACGAUGCAAGCAGCAAAAUGCCCUACGGAUGAGCUUUCCCUCACCAACUGUGCCGUGAUCAACGAGAAGGAUUUCCAGUCAGGACAGCAUGUGAGUGUGCGGACCUCUCCAAACCAUAGGUACAUCUUCACUCUAAGGACCCACCAUACAGUUCUGCCAGGGACAAUAGCAUUCAGCCUCCCCCAGCGAAAAUGGGCUGGCCUCUCCAUUGGGCAGGAAGUGGAAGCCCUUUUGUACAACUUUGAUAAGGCAAAACAGUGCAUUGGCACCAUGACCAUAGAGAUAGAUUUCCUUCAGAAGAAGAAUGUGGACUCAAACCCUUAUGACACAGACAGGAUGGCUGGAGAAUUCAUUCAGCAUUUCAACAACCAGGCCUUCUCAGUAGGGCAACAGCUUGUGUUCAAUUUUAAUGACAAACUCUUUGGAUUGGUGGUGAAAGACAUUGAUGCAAUGGAUCCCAGCAUCCUGAAAGGAGAACAACCCACAGGCAAGAGACAGAAGAUAGAUGUUGGCCUGGUGGUGGGAAACAGUCAGGUGGUGUUUGAGAAGGCUGAGAAUUCCUCUCUGAACCUUACAGGCAAGUCAAAAACAAAGCAGGGCCGCCAGUCCAUCAUCAACCCUGACUGGAACUUUGAGAAGAUGGGUAUUGGAGGCCUGGACAAGGAAUUCUCAGAUAUUUUCAGACGAGCCUUUGCAUCAAGAGUCUUCCCACCAGAGAUCGUAGAACAGAUGGGCUGUAAGCAUGUAAAGGGUAUCCUCCUGUUUGGCCCCCCUGGUUGUGGUAAGACUCUCAUGGCUCGUCAAAUAGGCAAAAUGCUAAAUGCUCGUGAACCCAAAGUAGUGAAUGGACCAGAAAUUCUGAACAAGUAUGUGGGAGAGUCUGAGGCCAACAUCCGCAAGCUGUUUGCAGACGCAGAAGAGGAGCAGAGGAGGAUGGGUGUCAACAGUGGACUGCACAUCAUCAUCUUUGAUGAGAUAGAUGCCAUCUGCAAGCAAAGAGGGAGCAUGGCAGGAAGUACUGGCGUCCAUGACACUGUGGUCAAUCAGCUGCUGUCAAAGAUAGAUGGUGUUGAGCAACUGAAUAACAUCCUAGUCAUAGGAAUGACCAACAGGCCUGAUCUGAUAGAUGAAGCUCUUCUAAGACCUGGGAGGCUGGAAGUUAAAAUGGAAAUUGGUCUGCCUGAUGAGAAGGGGCGACUCCAGAUUCUAAAUAUCCACACUGCACGAAUGAGGGAACACAGUCUGCUCUCCACUGACGUGGACAUCCCAGAACUUGCUACGGAAACAAAGAACUUCAGUGGAGCUGAACUGGAGGGACUUGUAAGGGCUGCGCAGUCCACAGCCAUGAACAGGCACAUCAAGGCCACCACUAAAGUAGAGGUGGACAUGGAGAAGGCGGAGUUGCUGAAGGUGACUAGAGAUGACUUUUUUACAUCCCUGGAAAAUGACAUCAAGCCAACAUUUGGAACCAAUCAAGAAGAGUACACCCAGUUCAUUAUGAAUGGUAUCAUCACAUGGGGUGACCCUGUGACCCGUGUUUUGGAUGAUGGAGAGCUGCUAGUGCAGCAGACUAAGAACAGUGACCGUACACCUCUGGUCAGCGUGUUACUGGAAGGGCCUCCUCACAGCGGCAAAACGGCACUAGCAGCUAAGAUCACAGAAGAAUCAAACUUCCCGUUCAUUAAGAUCUGCUCACCUGAGAAGAUGAUUGGAUUCUCUGAGACAGCUAAAUGUCAGGCCAUGAAAAAGAUUUUUGAUGAUGCUUACAAGUCGCAGCUGAGCUGUGUGGUGGUGGAUGAUAUUGAGAGGCUACUAGAUUAUGUUCCAAUAGGACCUCGGUUUUCCAACUUGGUCUUGCAGGCUCUGCUUGUUCUCCUUAAAAAGGCUCCUCCCCAGGGCCGUAAGCUUCUGAUUAUUGGCACCACCAGCCGUAAAGAUGUCCUGCAAGAAAUGGAAAUGCUUGAUGCCUUCAGCACCACUAUUCAUGUACCAAACAUCUGCACAGUUCAACACCUUAUGGAGGCUCUAGAGCUUCUUGGCAGUUUUAAGGACACAGAGAGAGCUUUCAUUGCUAAGCAGGCGAAGACCCAGAGUAUAUACAUUGGAAUUAAGAAGCUACUUAUGUUAAUUGAAAUGUCUAUGCAGAUGGAACCAGAGUAUCGUGUUCACAAGUUCCUUGCUCUCCUGAAAGAGGAGGCUGUCGAACCCGUCCGUCGUUCUUACAAUUAAAAAAAAGAAAAUCAAGUUGGAAAUGACAGGGUGCAGUGUAUAAAAUAAUACAGAACAUUCCCCACAAUCCAGCUCCUCCUGUGAACAUUGGAUCAUGGAACUAAGCCACUGAGUUCUGAGAGCUGUCACAUUGAUUAUGCAUGUAGUUUUAAUAUCCCUUCUGGUGUCUUGUAAACAAAAUUACUUCUCUCUGUGCGUCUCAUUAAGAAUGCUCAGGGCAAACUGUGGCAAAAUGUUUUGUAGCAAUGCUAUAAGGUUUGCACAAUUGUUUUGCUCAGGGCUGUCUUAUUUGUUUUGAGAUGUAUCUAUCAAGUAAUGCAUCUGCACACUCUAGUACAUAUAGUCCAGACUGUAGGACAGACAUGUGGAGUUUUUAAAUAAAUGCACUAAUAUCAACCAAUCUUCUGGACAACUCACCCCUAAUGUUCAAAAGGUAAUUUGAUUGCUUGUGUCAUGUAGUGAUUGACAACCAGAAAAGCACAUGAUAUCUCUGCUGCUGAGGAAAUAGACAUUGAGUCCAAUAUAACCCCCUGAAACUUAGUAAAGUUGUAAACUCUGAAAAUUAAAAGUUUUGUAGUCUUACCAAGGUUUAGGUUAAUGUUGGGAUGAUUGGCUGUUGAUAUACCUCUCACUCUGCAUGUCUGAAGCUUUUUACAUUCUCUCAGUUAGUGUGAGCACUGUGCUCGUCUGCUUAACUCCUAAUACACCAGAGCAUUUGGGAGCUUAUUGGCAUUAAACCCCUUCUUGACACUUGAAUCCGUCAAUAUUGUGACGUCUUUGCAGUAAAAAUCAAUGUGAAUCUGUGGCUUCUUUAUUUACCCCAACCCUUCUUAGACAUUUCCUCUCCUUCAUAUGAUAUAUGUAAAAUUUUAUUGUGGAUUUUAUGUUUUUCUGUGAUGUAAUAAAUAUUCUAUGGGUUACCACAAUUGUUGAUGGUUACAAUAAACAAAUUAUUUAUUGGA